CUUUCUUUUUACUAUUUAUAUAAUGGAUUUGACUGUCUCAACCACUUCUAUUCCUUUUAAUGUCCUUGUCAUUCUAGUACUUGGUCAACUUCAGUCCAGUGUCAAGCUUGUAGGAGGAAUAUCCACUAGCCUCAAGGUGAAUGACCAAACGACUUUCCAUGACGACGCCACUAUUUCUCGCUUCCUUCUUCGCUUGGGUCAUCUUUUAGACGAACAACAAACUUCUAAUCAACGUGAAGCAUCUCUUGUGGAUGCUUUGUUAUUGAAAGAUGUAUCAGUCGCCAGUGCCUUGGUUCAACAAAAACAACAUGCUUUUUUGUUAUCUGACAAUAUUGGAUUAGUCGAUUAUCUUGCUUGGUCCGUCUUAGUCAACUCACAACAACAACAAGACUAUGUUGCUUCUGUCCAAGCAACCAAUGUUAUUCAAGAUGUCCUUACUUUGCAAAAGACGGUGACCGAAGAUUGUGCAGCUGCUACUGUUGCUAGUGAAUUGGCCCCUAUUCCUGGUAGUGAUCCCACUCUGAAUCCUUUAGACGUAUUCCGUGUCCGUAUUGCCAAUCAAUUAGCCAAGGUGACUGAUAUUGAUCCUGCUGUGAUUUACAAAGCCAUCGAUAUUCCUCGUCAAUUGGACCAUGGUGACUUUGCUCUCGCUUUACCUCGUCUUCGUGUCAAAGGCAAUCCUGUACAACUUGCUAAAGAAUGGGCUGCUGCUUUUACUCCUGUGGAUGAUUAUAUUCUUGGUGCAACUGCUAUUGGUCCCUUCUUGAACUACCGCAUCAAUACUCGUCUCUUGAUCAAGCAUACUAUCGAAAUGGCUAGUCAACGUGUUGAAAACUAUGGUAGCAAUACUUCUGGUACUGGUAAAAAGGCUAUUGUUGAAUUCUCUUCUCCUAACAUUGCCAAACCUUUCCAUGCUGGUCAUUUGCGUUCUACUAUCAUUGGUUCCUUUAUUCGAAAUGUCUAUGUUGCCAACGGUUGGGAUGUCAUUGCUAUGAAUUAUCUUGGUGAUUGGGGCAAACAAUAUGGUUUGUUGGCAGUUGGUUUUGCUCGCCAUGGUGACGAAGAAAAGCUCCGACAAGAUGCUAUCAAACAUUUGUACGACGUUUAUGUUCAAAUCAACCAUGAUGCUGAAAACGAACCUACAAUUCAUGAUGAAGCACGUGCGUAUUUCAAGAAGAUGGAAGAUGGUGAUGAAGAUGCUUUAGCUUUAUGGCGUCGAUUCCGUGAUCUCUCUAUUGCCAAAUAUCAAGAAGUGUAUGGACGUUUGAACAUUGAAUUUGAUGUCUACUCUGGUGAAUCACAAGUAAGCCGUGGUAUGGAAGAAGCCAUGGCAAUGUUGGAAUCAAGUGGAUUACUUCAAGAAUCUCAGGGUGCCAAGGUGAUUGAUUUGGAAAAAUACAAAUUGGGUUUCUCUGUGGUGCAAAAGAGUGAUGGUACAACUCUAUAUAUUACUCGUGAUAUUGGGGCUGCCAAAGAACGAUAUGAAAAAUUCAAGUUUGACAAGAUGAUCUAUGUGGUAGCUGCUCAACAAGAUUUACAUUUGAAACAAUUAUUCAAGACAUUGGAACUUAUGGGCUUUGAUUGGGCCGACAGGGUGGAACACGUCAAUUUUGGUAUGGUACAAGGUAUGUCAACUCGUAAGGGUACAGUUGUAUUUUUGGAAGAUAUUUUGGAUGAAGCACAAGAAGUAAUGCAUGAUCAAAUGCGUAAGAAUGAAGCCAAGUAUGCAGAAAUUCCAGAACCUCUCCGGGUAGCUGACGAAAUUGGUAUCUCUGGUGUCAAGAUUCAAGAUAAUUCUGCACGUCGUGUAAAGAACUAUGAAUUUGAUCGUAAUCGUAUGUUCAGUUUCGAAGGUGAUACUGGUCCUUAUAUCCAAUAUGCUCAUGCUCGUCUUUGCUCUAUUGAACGCAAGAGUGGAUUGCAAGUCAAUUUGAAUGCUAACACUGAUCUUCUGACCGAAGAAGGUGCUUUGAAUAUCAUGCGUACCGUGGCUCAAUACCCUGAUUUGGUGAAAAGUUUGAUGAAUGCUUAUGAACCUUGCAAUGUGGUCACUUAUGCUUUCAAUUUGUCUCAUGAAAUCUCUGCUGUCUUUGAUGCUUUGUGGGUCCGUGGUGCUGAACCAGAAGUCGCUGAUGCUCGUCUUCUUAUGUAUUGGUGUGCUCGUGUUACUCUUGGAAAUGCUAUGCGCUUAUUGGGUUUGCGUCCUUUGGAACGUAUGUAAAAAAAAAAAAUCCUUCUCUUUCUAUCUCUGUAUCCGAUAUUAUCAACAAACUACAACAUUCAUCAUCAACAAUCAACACAAUUCAUCAAAAACUGAAGAAGGGUGGGAACGUAGAUAAUACAUCAUCAUUUCUGUUUUUUUUGUUUUUUUCUUUAUAUAUAUAUAUUUUUUUUGAUUAUCAUUCCUUUUUGUUAUCUCUUUAUUUUGUUUUCUUUUUUUCCUUUUUAUAUAUUU